AUGGAUAAGUCAUGGAUGGAAGAGAAGAGAGAAACCCCACAAUUCGUAGAAGGAUUUAAUAACUUUUUAGAGUUUGCCCUAAAGAAUUGUAGCGAUCCUGAAAAAAUUCGUUGUCCUUGUGUCGAUUGUGGUAAUAUAUCAAAAGGAAAUAUUACCAUGUUAAAGAAUCAUGUAUUUUGUCGUGGAAUCGAUAAAAGUUAUACUAAAUGGUAUUGGCAUGGGGAAUCGAUGAAGGGAGACCCAUAUCCGUUAGGUAGGCGAGGGGUCGAUGAUCAUUUUGAAAGUAAUGAUUGUGAUGAUCAUCCUACAGAAUUGCUUGAUGAUGCUCAAGAAGAGUUUAUUCAUGAUCCUGAAAAAUUUGAUAGCAUGGUUAGAGAUGCAGAUAAGUCGUUAUUUAGUGGUUGUGAAAAACGCCGACUAUCAACUAUGGUGAAAUUUUAUAACAUAAAGGCGGAGAAUGGAGUAAGUGAUAAGUGUUUUAGUCAAUUUCUAUCUGCUUUUAAAGAGAUCCUGCCGAUGGAAAAUUGCUUUCCAGAGUCGACAUAUGAGGUGAAGAAAACUUUAAGUUCGAUAGGGUUGAAGUAUGAGAAGAUUCAUGCAUGUCCAAAUGAUUGCAUUUUAUAUCGUAAAGAGCAUGCCCACAUGGACACUUGUCCGGAAUGUGGUUUGCCACGGUACAAGCCGAACAAGAGUAAGGAGAUCCGAAAACUUAUUCCAGAGAAAGUCUUGUGGUACAUGCCUUUAAUUCCGCGACUGAAGCGGUUCUAUCGAAGUGCAGAAACUGCUGAAAACUUAUUAUGGCACGAGAAAAGGCGAGUGAAAGACGGUAAACUCCGACAUCCUGCUGAUUCACAGGCUUGGAAAAAAGUAAAUUAUUUGAAUCCAGACUUCGCAGCUGAACCAAGACAUCUACGGCUUGGUCUAUCAGCCGAUGGAGUAAAUCCACAUAGAUCUCUUAGCAGCCGACAUAGUUCAUGGCCUGUGUUUCUUGUUAUGUACAACCUUCCUCCUUGGUUGGUGAUGAAAAGGAAAUUUACGAUGUUAUCGCUAAUGAUUUCAGGGCCUAAACAGCCGGGACAUGAUAUCGAUGUUUAUUUGGCACCAUUAGUUGAUGACUUGAAAGAGUUGUACGAAGAUGGUGUUGAUGCAUACGAUGGUUUUAAGAAAGAAGUUUUUAAGUUGAAGGCAUCUUGUUGUGGACUGUUAGUGAUUUCCCUGCGUAUAGUAAUCUAUCAGGGUUGA